AUGGCCGCCGCGCUCUCAGAACGCCAACAGGACGACCUACACAAGGCCAUCUUGGAUUAUCUCAGCAGUGCGGGUUUCGAGUCUACGUUUGAGGAGUUCAAGAAGGAGGCGAGCCUGCCCGAUUUCCAGCCUGAUCUCGGGCAAAAGACGAAUGGGCUGCUGGUGAAGAAGUGGACGAGCGUGAUCCGUAUGCAGAAGAAGAUCCUCGACCUCGAGACGCGACUGCAGGAAGCAUUACAUGACAACGCCAAUAUCGCCGCUCUUCCGCCUGGUUCUAGAUCGAGAAACAACCCAGACUGGUUGCCGACAGCUUCGUCCUCACGGCAUACGCUCACGGGCCACCGAGACGCGGUAAACGCCGUCGCGUUUCAUCCUGUAUAUUCAGUGAUGGCGACCGCGAGCGACGACGCGACGUUGAAAGUGUGGGAUUGGGAGACGGGCGAGCUGGAGAGGACGUUGAAGGGACAUACGAAGCGCGUCACGGAUGCGGAGUACGACUCGAAAGGCAAGAGCCUCGUAUCUGCGUCUUAUGAUCUAUUCAUCAAGUUAUGGAACGUCGAGAACGACUACCAGAAUUUUGCGACGUUGCGCGGUCACGAACACUCCGUUUCAUCUGCGCGGUUCUUGCCGGGAGACGAUAAGAUCGUGAGCUCAAGCCGAGAUCAGUCCGUUCGGAUUUGGGAGAUCGCAACGACACACUGUAUCAAGGUCAUCCGGCCUCAUACCGACUGGGUACGAUGCGCGCUUCCGAGCUUGGACGGCAAGUACGUCGUGACGUGCUCAAUGGACCAUACCGCUCGCGUCGUCGAGGUUGGCUCUGGGACGACUAAAGCUGAGUUGCGAGGGCACGACAACGUCGUAGAAGCCGCAGUAUUCGUCCCCCGCGCGUCCGUAGCUGCAUUACGCGAGCUAACAGGCCAGAAGACGGCGGCAAUAGCGGAGACGAUUGCAAUCGCGCAUGUAGUCACUGCAUCGCGCGACAAGACCAUCAAGAUCUGGGAUGCGAUUAGAGGACAGUGCUUGCACACGCUGGUCGGCCACGACGACUGGGUUCGCGGGCUCGUCUUCCAUCCAAACGGAAAAUACCUCCUCUCGUCGUCUGACGACCACACCAUCCGCAUCUGGGAGCUCAAAACCGGGCGCUGCAUCCGCAAAAUCGAGGCGCACGAGCGUUUCGUGUCGUGCCUGUCCUGGGGCCGACAAACGCUCUCCAGCUCGGGCGAGGGCAGCGAUGGGCCUGCGCUUAUGAAUGUCAUCGCCAGCGGGAGCUCGGACCAGACUGUGAAGGCCGGUGUUCGGUUGGUCGAGGCACACUCUCCGCCCCAGUUUUAG